CUGGGGAACCACCUGUGUCUCCAAGGCGUGCGCUCCGGUUGGCGCCUGGAUGGUGCAAUCCGCAUUGACACAAGCUUGUGGGGAGAGGCGGAGGCGUUGAUGGCUUUGGUGGAUUUUGCUCUCAAGGCUGCAUGGGUGGAGGAGCUAGACUUCUCGCACACCGGCCUGACAGCGGAGGACGCUGCGACCCUGACCGCCGCCAUGCUCCAAAGCCCUCACCGGCAGCACCUGCAAAAGCUGGAUUUUACUGGCAAUGAUUUCGGAGAUGAAGGCGCAGCGGCGUUUGCUAGAGCUCUCCCGCAGCUUCACUUGAAUUAUCUCUUGAUGUGGGACAAUGGGAUCUCCGAUGCAGGAGCACUUGCCAUUGCCAAAGCUCUGCUGCAGUGCACGACCUUGCGACAUCUUCGCAUUUCUGACAGGUCGAUCGGAAAGGAGACCCGGCAUGCCCUUCGUGAGGUCUGCGCAAAGAAAGACCCCAAAAAUCACACUAGUCCUACCUGA